CUGAUUAUUCCUGUGGUUGAGUCGCACGUAUUAUUCGUGAACUAUCCAUUUGUUUUGUGUAAUAUGAUUAAUGAAUCCAACCAAAAUGGGAAGGGUCUAGAGCAGCAGGUAAAUUUCAGCCAAUUUGGCCUUUUGUACCGAGCAGUUUUUUUUUAUUAUUUCGGCAUAAAACAAACUGCAGGAUUCCCAAGUUAGGGCUAGCUUCUCGUUAACACCGUGUGUCUGUCAAGAAGAUGGCGCAUUGGGAUAAAAGUUUACCGUUGUGGAAUCCUUCCGUGCCUCUGGAUUUUGCAUCGUGUUGGGUCCUCUGCAACAAUUUUGCUGGUCUAGACUUGAACUCCGGUGCUCAAGGAAACAAGACCGGUCCGAGUCGCUACGUGCCCCCGCACCUGCGCAACAAUCGGUCUGUGUUGCCUGGACCUCCUCAGGGGAACGCCCAGGGUUACGGCCAGAAAUCUUUCCCUGAGCCACAGGGAGGCGACGACUGGGGAGCAAGGGACGGCUUCAGGGGUGACCGUGGAGGUGGCCGUGCCGAUUUUUCAAAUUUUGGAGGCCGCAACAAGAGAAAUGAUGGCCCCGUGCGCAACAAUGCUUUCGCACCGCGCCAGGGUGGAGGCUCGAACUGGCGCAGCCCGGACGAGAUGCCUCGCGAAGCGCCCCGUGAGGGCUCCCGUGAUGGUGGCGGCUGGGGUCGGGACGACCGUGGCGGCAACUGGGACCGCCGCAAUGGGGGGCGGCGCAACCUCGACACUGACGAGGACUGGACCAGACCGCUUCCUAGGGACGAACGGAUAGAGCGAGAGCUGUUCUCUCAAGGACACACAGGCAUAAACUUUGAGAAGUAUGAGGACAUUCCUGUGGAGGCCACCGGUGAUGAUGCACCAAAGCACAUCAACUCGUUCGACGACUGCUCCCUGACGGAGAUCAUUCGCAUGAACAUUGAGUUGGCACACUACACCUCGCCCACGCCCGUGCAGAAGCAUGCCAUUCCCAUCAUUCUCUCCAAGCGCGACUUGAUGGCCUGCGCCCAGACAGGGUCUGGAAAAACAGCGGCUUUCCUGGUGCCCAUUUUGAACCAGGUGUUUGAGGAAGGCCCUCCCAAAAAUGUGCCUGCGCCCCACCGGUACUCGAGUCGGCCCAAGCAGUACCCGCUGGCGCUGAUCCUGAGCCCGACGCGUGAGCUGGCCUGCCAGAUCUACGAGGAGGCUUGCAAGUUUGCGUACCGCUCGCGUGUGCGGCCUUGUGUGGUGUAUGGUGGUGCCGAUCCCGUGCAGCAGAUGAAGGAUCUGGACCGAGGCUGCCACUUACUGGUGGCCACGCCAGGGCGUCUGGUAGACAUGAUGGAGCGCGGCAAGGUGAGCCUGGAGCUUGUGCGGUACCUGGUUCUGGAUGAAGCCGAUCGUAUGCUGGACAUGGGUUUUGAGCCCCAGAUCCGGCGCAUUGUGCUCGAGGACAACAUGCCCCCCGUUGGCCAGCGGCAGACACUCAUGUUUUCUGCCACCUUCCCCAAGAAAGUGCAGGAACUGGCACGUAAGUUUUUGGACAACUACAUCUUCCUGGCCGUGGGACGUGUGGGCAGUACGUCCGAGAACAUCACCCAGAAGGUGGUGUGGGUCGAGGAGCACGACAAGAGGUCCUUCCUGCUCGACCUGCUCAAUGCAGCGGGCCUCAGGAAUGGAGGUCAUGCGGCGGCAUCGGACUCCCUGACCCUAAGCUUUGUGGAGACAAAGAAAGGUGCAGAUGCACUGGAGCAUUUCCUGCUCAAGGAGGGCUAUCCAGUGACCAGCAUCCACGGGGACCGGACCCAGCGAGAGCGCGAAGAGGCCCUGUGGUCCUUCCGUACAGGACGCACCCCAAUCCUAGUGGCCACAGCUGUUGCUGCAAGAGGUUUGGAUAUUCCGAAUGUGAAGCAUGUAAUCAACUUCGACUUGCCCAGUGACAUAGAGGAAUAUGUCCACCGAAUUGGCCGUACUGGUCGUGUGGGCAACCUAGGUUUGGCAACGUCUUUCUUCAAUGAGAAAAAUCGCAACAUGGCCCUGGACCUUGUGGAGCUGAUAACGGAAACCAAGCAGGAACUGCCGGACUGGCUAGCCUCCCUGGCCAAGGAAGUGCAAGCAGAGCAGCGUGCUUCCAACCAGCGCCGCUUUGGCUCUGGGGGACGCAGCUCCCGGUAUGCCUCAGGUGGCUUUGGCAGCCGCGACUACCGUCAGUACGGAGGUGGCGGAGGUCGCGAUCGUCCCAUGGGUGGACCGCCCAGCGGAGGAGGUAUGGGAGGCCGCAGUGGCGGACCCGGUGGCUACGGCGGUGCACCCCAGUACGGUGGAUAUGGCGGAUCGGGCGGCCAGAUCAUGGGCGGCUACAGGCCUAGCAACAGCUAUGGAGGCAACUACAGCAGUUCCUCCAAUGACUGGUGGGGCAACUGAAGAGUGGUGGUGUGUUUGCAGAACACCCCCACCUCUCCGUCACCACCAACGCCAGUUUCUCCUCCCCGCGCCAGUUUCUCCUCUUCCACUCAUCUCUGCCGUCAGAGUGUGUCCUCCUCCCCCUCCUUCACGGCUGCUGUGCAUUCUCUGGGCAGUGGUGGGCGGUACACAUGGGGAAAAAAAAAAACAAAGUACGCAUCUACAGGCUUGCAGCAGACGUUUUUUUUUUUUUUUUUUUUUUUUGGCACUGCACGACAGGGGCAGAAAAUGGAACACUGGUAUGGGAGGAAAAAAAAGUGGCUUGGCCUUUUUGUUUUUCCUCCUCAUGAUGCUCUUGUGCACCAUCGUUGCUUCGACAUGUUGCCUUUUCCCCGCCGUUUGUUGCAGUCUCAACUUGGCAGCUGUGAUCCUUGCGUACUUCUGUGGUCAUGGCUGCAGCCAGGCUUUGAGAUGCAACUACCACUGUUGUCGUGUUGAGAAGGGGGGGGGAGGGAUAUUUCCAGAACACUUUCUUUUCAUUCACUUUUUAUUUUUCUGCGUUGCACCAUGUGCUGCUGUCUAGGUGUACACAUAUAUAUACAGUUUCUUUAUCUGUGUGUACUUGCGUGUAAGGUAGCCCAUCCCAUUUCCGGAUCAUGUUGGUGCAAGAAUGGACAGAAUGUGUCAAGCAAGGCAGAUCACUCUCUAAACCACCUCUGACUUGCUCAUGGGCAGUUUUUCUCUUCCACUCUUUAGCUGAUGUUUCUACAGUCAUUUUCUUUUCCUUUGUCAUGUUUUUCACCCAACUUUUAUUUACACAGAAGAUUUAAUUUUCUUUUUUUAUUACCCCCAUCGGUGUAGGUGCUCUCUAUUGCAGCUUUAUUUUAGGGGGAAAAGUAUCAUCUUUUUGGUCAAAUAAGGCAUUUGUUGCUCACUUAGUGGAGCAGAAAAGUUUUUGCACCCUGCUUUAGAGCAUCAUUCGGAAGCCACAAGGAUGCUUUGUGGUAGUCCCUUUGCAAGGCACGGUGCUACUGUAGGUUUGUCAGCAGCACCAAGUUUCUGCAGGCCAAUGAUAUAAUGCAGCUAGCAGGAUUUCGUUCAAUUUUUUUAUUUAUUUGAUCUUGUGCAGCAGAUCAAAUAAAUAAAGUACCUGGAACACACAUUUGAUGAGCAAUUUGUGACAGGUAAACAGAAAGUGGAACCUGAACAUGCUCUUUUGCAUGUUAAUAAUAAAGGCAUUUUUCUUGCAAAACUCACUUAUUUUAAGCACGGCCUAGGAACUCUGGAUCUCAUGGUCACAUUAGUGCACUCUGAGACACAUUGGCCCAUGUUCUUGUUUUUCUUUCAUGUGGCCUGUGAAUAACAGAACAUUUAUUAAAGCAUGUUGUUAUUAACAUGUUAUUUAUGAACAUGUUUGCCACAAUCCGUAGCGUGGGUCCCCUAAUUUCAUUAUGAGUGUGUACUCAAAUUCCGAUGUCUAGGCUCGUCUUCCAUCUGAAAUGCAAGGUUACACUUAUGUAUAUUUAUUCUGUGUGUGUGUUCUGGGUGUUCAUGCCACUGCAGUUUGUUGGUGUUCCAAGAUUCGGAGUUUCUCAUUUGCAAGUCUUAACUGCAACUCUGUUUUUGUUGCAUGCAUCGAAUUCAUCCGUUCGGUUUCAGUGUUGUACCUGUAGCUCUGCCGCAACCUGAUGAACUAGUGCGCGCAGACAUACUGCUGAUGGUUUGGCCUUGACAGGGCUGCAGAGAUCUGAAGUGAGAGAAAUUUCUCUUGUGGCUACAGCUUUUGAGAGUAGUAAUGGCACGUAAUGCUCUGUGGUAUUGAAGUACGGUAGGUGCAUUGCUUAGCUGCUUCAUUGUUGAAUGUCCGAAUCCCCUUCGCAGGUAGCUUUGUCCAGUACACAUCAUCGGCAAAUGCACAUUAACUGGCACAUCUAUAUAGAUCUUGCGUACCAGUUUUGGGUCCUAUUAUUUUUUUUCUUCUGUAUUUUUCUUCAGCUAUGUGCUAAAAGCUUAUUGCAGCACUUUUUCAGUCUUUGGGGGCAAGUUGUGUUGUCACCUGCAGAGGUUGAGUUACAUUCGUGUUUGAGCAGUGCAGUGCGACGCUGGUGUGUAAUAUCUACUCGGAUGACAGCAAUGGAGCAACGAAUGGAAAGCUAUUUUGAACCAGUUGCCCGGUGUGCCGUGAUGGUCGUUAACCAGGGAUGUACGUUGCACAACAGAAGGUACAUCUGUCUGCGUGCUCAAAGAUGCUUUUUCGUCGUAUUGUACUUUUUGCAUGUACUUGUAAGCCACACAUAGGCGUGUAUUGUGCAGAGAGAGCUAUUAUCUUUAUUUAUAGCUUAGUGAAGUAGUGGUUUUCGUGCAUUUUCUCUUUUUAAGGCUAUUCUGGUGCAACGCAGUAGCUUUUCCUUGUUCGUGGGGGGGAGGGGGGGAAUGUUUUUGUUCACCUCUCACUUGUUUCUGCAGCAUUCGUUCGAGGCUGUGAGAGGAAAGUUUAUUCUGCAAAAUGGACUGUUAUAUGACACAGAAACGCAAUGGGCUCUCCUUGUGCUUCUGGUGUUGCAAGCACACUUUUGGAAAACAAAACAAAAAUGAUAAACUCAUUCAUACGUUAUGCUGGAGGCACCUCGUACUCAUGUGUAUGAGGUGCCAAUGUUAUAGAUGUUCCUUAUAUUCUCUUUUUUUUUAGACCUAAUACAACCUUUUUUUGUUAUUUCUUUCAAGUGCUGCUUUGUGGCUGUGCGCUUUUUUUUUUUCCUAUGUGUGUAGUGUGUCCGACACCAUGUGGGCCUUGUGUAACUUGAGGCUUGCGGGAGCAACUGUGAACAACACAGUACAGUCAGCGCACUUCACAGGAUCCUACACCAGCAGCAAGCUUGUACUUGUGUGUUCUAGGGUGCUUAAGACUUGUGUUGCAAGUGUGCGGCACAUACGUCAGGCACGCCUUGCCUGCCAAAAAGGUGCGCCGUAACCGUGGCAACUGACCAUAGUCCGAACUGUGGAGAAAAGAUGAAGGUCCCAGUUAGGUUGCAAAUGCAUUGGAGCUCGGUGUGUCUAGAGGACCUUAUUUGCGGUCCUUCCAGGCUGUAGGGUGGAGCUCGAGUUUAAUUUUGCUAGAAUUGCAGUUUUUCUCGCUAGUUGUACAGUAAAGCUAGGCAUUGUUUUGAAUUGGCGAAUUGAACAAAGCUUGUAUGUGUGUCUGAGUGAUGCUGACUGAGGUCGCAGCAUUUAGGCAUCUUUUAAGUGUUUUGUUCAUAGUUGCAGGCGUUAUAAUAAUGUACGUCUGAGUGAUGCCGACUGAGGUCGCAGCAUUUAGGAGUUUUUUAACUUAUGUUUUGUUCAUAGUUGUAGGUGUUGGGAUAGGCACUAGCUGCAGUCAACUUGAGCCUUCUGUUCAGUCAUUGUCAAGGGCUCUGCCACUCGGUAGUUGAGCGGUUCAAGUGGCAGGAUUUCGUACGCUCGAGCAUAGCUUUAAUUUUACGGUUUUCGACCUCAGUUCACCAUUAAAUUAUAAUUGAAUUCCACGAGGCAUAGUUACUGUGUGAAAGUGUUUGCGAGAAAGGACACAUGGGGUGGGUUGAGAAGGGGGGGGGAAAAGAACUCCGAUUUGUCCGUCGAUGCAAUGUGACGCAUCAGAGCAGAGACCUUCCGUGGCCAAAGAAAAAGAAAUUCAACCAAUGAUCCACGCGCACUCUAGGGGCGGCGUCUUUCUUUAUUUGUGGCCAGGACAAGCAGGUGUCUCUUUCUGCAAAGAGGGGGCUAGGGACCAUGACAGUGGGGAAGUAUUCCCGGGGCUGCGCUUACCUACACAGACAACACACCCCUCUCUUCCUUUGGUGUUUAUUCUUUUUUUCGGACUUGUGCUGUCGUGUGGUAAAUGGCAGGGACAUGGUAGAGGAGCUUCGUAGGAAUGUGGGGUGGCCAGGGAGCAGUAAAUCUGCUCUGCUGGCUUAGUUCUGCCGACUUUUCACUGCAGCUUGUUGUGGUGUCGUUCCAUGUUGCCAUCAUAGUAUUGGUUGCUUCCUUGGACAGGGGUGUAGGGAUGGCAAGGUCGCUAUAGAGAGAGGCUGUUGGUUGGUGGUGUUUCUGGGGGAGCCACAUGCUGCACGCUUGUUUGACUUGACUCUGCAUUCAAGACGAAUGAGUUCCUAGGUGUCACUGCUGUUAUUUGCAUCCUCAUUUAGCUAGAAAAAAGGAAACACCAUCCCCGUCUUUGUAAUAUAUGUAUGUACAUCACUGCGCCUUCAUUCAUGCUGAAUGUUGCGCAUCGCCUUUGUGCGGUUGUAUGUAUGUAUGUAUAUAUUAUAUAUAUAUGUAUGGCCCGAACAGCCUCCAGGUGAUUUUUCAUUGCAUUCUCAGAGUGAUUUUACAUUUUUCCCCUCCCUCGUCUGCCAUUGAGUCUGUGAUCAAGCGUGGAGCAAGGUUCGCCUACUGCUUGUUACUUGCAGGGAGGUACAGGAUAUUACGUUUCGGUCUGACACAUUUCCUGUGUCAAGUUAGCAUGGUUUUAGUCUGUCGGAACUGUGCAACUAUCUGAGAGUGAUAAUGAGGAGUGUUUUCUAUCUAGUCUCCGCUCUUCCUGUCUGGCAAAAAAACUGUGGCCUGCCUUUGGGGAACACUGUGCCUUCUAGGUCACUGUGUCUUCUGAAAAUUUUUUCAAUUUCCUUAUAUUUAUGCGUGUCAUAUUGAUCUUCAGCACCUAUUCCUGUAGUUGCGGAAACCACUCUGUUUCAGCCCAGGUCUAACCAUAAUUUGAAUUUGCGGGCUUUUUCCUCCAGUUGUAUGAAAGCAUACAGUGGUGAGAUGUGAACGGUUGUGGUGAGAAAGGGUUAAAAGUGCACGUCCAUCGACCAUCACUGGUGCAUCGUGGUCAUUUUCGGUGCCAAGAAUGUGCCUUAUCUAAUGAGUUAGUACGUGGCUAAAAGGACUGUCUCGGGACCUUGCAGUCUUUGGAUGACUGAGGUGCCUACUCCUUUUGUUUUACCAUCGCUUGUGUUCCUCAACACUCGGCGCACCUGUACAUACAGUCCAUCAGCGGAGGAGGGAAAAAAUAGGUCUCAUUUUACAGCAACUCAGUCACAAUGCCCACAUCGCAUAAUUUAUACACACGUCCAGGAUUUGUUAUAGCCCUGUGGGUGAUUGUUUUCAUGGAAUAACUUGUGCCUGCAUGUUUGCCUGCUGGUAUCUGUGGGACGUUGUACAUAAUACUAAGUGGAAACCAGUGGGCAGGAGAGCCGUGUGCUGCAGUGAGCAGGAAGUGCAUACAUGGUGUGGCUCCCAGCGUUUCAAUUCCCCUUUACACUAUGGUACUGCCAGCUAAUUGCUGGGCAUCACAUAAGGUUGCGAAGUGGGGCAAGAUGCCUAGGAAUGUGCAAUGAGAGUACAAUGCUGGGCAAAAUCCUCUACGGCAGUGUUUUUAUUCUGGAUUAUUCACAGGGUGACCUUUCUCAAGAAACCGCGGUUGGGUAGGUAAUUUUUGUUGAAGGCAAUUUGCGUCUCUGCUAUCGAAAGCAGUUUUCAAUGAAGUUUAGGAGGAAACACACUGCCAAUACUUUUUGGUGUUCAGUACCUAUUUUAGCCUUGGCUCACUAAGGUUCAUUCCAUUAAAUUUUUACAUUGUGGAUUCAGUCUUUACGCUCGUUUCUUUAUUCAUGCGGAACGUAACAUGCGUCAGCCUUGGGAGGUUCCAUUGCCAAACUCCCUCUCGGUCCUGGCGUUAAGUGGGGGGAAGACGCCGACAAACUCGAAUUUCUGUAAGCCGGAGGUCUCUGCAUUUAGGCGGUGACAGCACAAAGGAAAAAAAAAAACUGUCCACCUCAGAACAAAUGACCAAAGCACAUAAGCACUUUUUACUCGGCAAUGAAAGCUACCUAUGUGCAGCGUAGAGUUUUCCUUCUGUAAAGGACACUCUAUUAUUCUUCGCGUAUGUGCGAUGAGGACAGGUUUGGAGGUACAAACGGCGCUUAGUUUCACUCAAAAACUAGAACAAUUUGGACAUCUAGCCAAUCGCAACUCGACAACACGCGUCUGGUCAAACCAAAUACGACUAAGGCAUGCCGGGCGGGCCUGGCGAUUUCGCGAAGUACACACAAGUUUAAAAAAAAAGGCUGACUCCUGUACUCCGGAUUCUUUUUGUAGUCGUCUUUUCGCGUUUUGGGUGUAGCAAAACAAUGUUUUGAGUUGUAACCAUACGUGGGGAGGAUUGUUUGGCCCCGAGUUUCCGGGCGUUUUUAUUGUGAAUGCAUUAAUGUGACUUGUUCCAAGACGAAGAAAUAAAAAAUAUAGUCACAUGCAUGCAA